GCUCGAGGCUCGAGCGGCGCUCGCGCAAUGUAGUCCCUCGGCUAUCCUUGACGCGGGAGCAUCGUCGUUUCGAAACAGCCGCGACCUUCUCCUCCGUCGCGCGCGUUCCGUCAAAACGUCAAACGCCAACUGCCGCUUCUCCGUUUUCUCUCUCUCCCUCCCGUCGUUCUUCGUUCAACAGGAUUUAUUCCGACCGCUCGUGAUCGACUGUGCGGAUUCCUCCUUGUCCUCCUCUUUCUUCUUCCUUCUACAAGUUAUUUUUAAAAAUUGUGCACAAAGAAGAAGGGGGGGAUCUGUGAGAGGGCGAGGUAACGAGAAGAGGGUCAGUGAUACGUGGUGAACGAUACGAGGAGUUCGAACAGCCUCGAACGAGAGAUGUGUUGCGAGAGUGACGUAACACUGGGUGAAUCGUGAUUCGGUGAACCGGUGGAACGGGACAUGGAUGGAACAUUGACGGCUAGGACACUUGCGUAAAAACGCGGUUCCAACCAUUUUUCAAACAAUCCUUCCCCUUCGAGUUAACGGAGAUCGAUCCGAGAGAGAUCGAUUUUCGACGGGAGUGCGCGAGUGGAUAACUCGAAGAGAAAGAGAGAGGGAGAUAGAAUUCAGAGAGUCCACCGAUCUAGAGAGGAUGCGUGGUAGUCGGCCGCGAAUUCUUCGUGCGAUUUGCUCGGUGAACUGUCCGACGUAUCGGAUCAUCGUUCGCCGAGGCUGAAUCUCAUCUCGCCUGGAGAUCAACGUUGUUUCCACCAUAAUUAAAUCGUUGUUUCACAUCGUUCGACGAAAGGAAUCUUUGGAUAGAAAAGGCUUGUUCCCGCUAGGGAAUUCAAGAAAGUCGGGGAUCCGAUGGCGCGUCGAUGAGAUUGAAGAGAAUCGGGUGUUUCGAAAGAUCCCUUCGACGGCGCGCAUUAUCACGAUUCGUUACACUCGAGGAGGAGGAGAGAAGGAGGAACAUCGAGGGGGAAGGAAGGAAAUGUGUACGUUGCGCGACAAACAGGAUAAUUGAGUUUUCGAUCGGAAGGGAGGGAAUAUACAUAUAUAGGCGAGAUUCGAGGAAAGGAUGCGCUGGAGAAGGAGAAGGAAUGAUCGAUGGAACGUCUAGGUUGUCGAGGAAAUUACUUUAACGAGUUCGCCGCCUAAUGCAUUGCGAACGACUUUGCGGCGGUGAAUGCGGCGAGAGGCAUAAAAGCGUCGACCGACCGACCUCUCUCUGUCUCUCUCUCUCUGUCUUUCUCUCUCUCUCUCUCCCCCUUUCCCUCUAUUUCUCUCUUCGAUCUUAGGGCCAGAGUGCAAACUGACGCCGUACCGCCACCCGUCCACGAAAUAACCUCUCUCUCUCUCUCUCUCCCCCCUCCCCCUCCCCCGCCCUCCCUCCCUUCGUCCCACGUCGUUAAUUACAUUCAUUAGCGGGGUUUCUCGCGUCUACAAUCGGGGGGUUUGUGCGUUGUUACGGUACGUUACGUUACGUUACGUUGUAUAUUUUCCGCUGAAUAUUUUCAUCGAGUGAAUAAAACAUCGAGUUGUUGUUUCCUUGCCGUUUUUCUCUCUCUCUCUCUCUCUCUUGCUUUCCUGAAGGAAAGAGCGCGAGAGAGUGUGUCAUGAGGGUGUUGUGAGCGAAGUGAUAGAUAAAAAAGUGAAGGUGAAGUGCGAGGGAUUGCGAUUGAUCGCGCCGAAAUGCCUGCCCGUUCGAGAAAGUGGUGAAGUAGUUAGGAGUGCGUGGAGGAUGCGUGACACGACGGCGUGAAACGAUUGCGAAAUGCGUGCGAGAUAGUGUAUAUGGUCAAUAUGUGAAAAAGAACCUCGCCGAGGAAAAGCGAUGUCUACUUCUCUUCCCGUACUCGUCUGUUUUAUCAUUUCUUUUGGUGGUAUAGCGUCAUGUAUAAGAAAUUUUCGAACCGACUUUCUGGAGGAGUGGCCAACUCCCGGCACAGGGCCCCAUUUCGACACCUCGAUGCAGUCCAACUUCACCGGAUUGGUGGGGAAAACCGUGCAUCUGGUGUGCAAAGUGAAAAAUCUCGGCAAUCGUACGGUUUCCUGGGUGAGGCAUCGAGACAUACAUCUGUUGACGGUCGGCCGUUACACGUACACGAGCGAUCAACGGUUCGAGGCGUUGCACCUUCCCCACGCCGAGGAAUGGACGUUGAGGAUACGAUAUCCUCAGAAGAAGGAUUCCGGUAUUUACGAGUGCCAAAUAUCAACGACACCGCCUAUCGGCCAUCCCGUUUACCUGACUAUAGUCGAACCGAUCACCAUCAUCAUAGGAGCGCCCGAUCUGUUCGUGAACAAGGGUAGCACGAUCAACCUAACCUGCGUGGUGAAGUACGCCCCGGAACCACCGCCCAUGAUGAUCUGGAGUCACAACAGCGAGGUAAUUAACUUCGACUCGCCGCGGGGAGGUAUAAGCCUGGUGACGGAGAAAGGGCCAGAAACGACGAGCCGUUUAAUGAUCCAGAAAGCGGUGAUGACCGACUCUGGGAUAUACACCUGCGAGCCGAGCAACGCGAAUCCGAACAGAAUUAAGGUGCACGUUGUUGACGAGGAAAGGCCGGCAGCCAUGCAUCACGGAGAUGGAAGUUCGUCGUACGCCGAGACACUGCCAAUGUGUUUUAUAAUUUUAAUAGUAGGCAACGUAAUAUUUGUAUAAGGGGGUUAUAUUAUAGAGGAUGUAAAGGAAGGAAGGGGAGAAUUUUUACCCGGGGAUUUUCACGCGGUUUCGAAACUGGGAUUCGCACUGCCUCUGUAUUAACGAUCCGACAACAACCCGUUCGGAUAAAUAUAAAUAUUUGCGCAGGGUAAAAACCGGAUAAUUACCUACAUUUACAUUCAAUUUCCGUGACCAAAGAGUUUUCGAUAUAUCAGCACGGCACAAUAAUCGAUAAGAGCGUAGUAUUUUGUUAAGAUUAUAUCAUCAUCAUCAAGGGCGGAAUAAACGUACCGACGUCAAAAAUUUAUUGUAUUAUUUGUAAAUAUAAAUUUAUUGUAUGUACAUAUCAAUAAAAACGAUUGUCUUUACCUUU